GGCGAGAAAAAUCGAAGAUGGCGGCCGCCCAGAGUUAAAACCGAGUUGUUGGUGAAUGGAUCUUUGCGAUCCUGUUAGCAUUGUUUUGGUAACAGCUGGGAGUAGAGGACAAAGCCUUUUAUUUAGGUAUCCAUUUAUAGCACCAUGCCGUACAGAACAGAAGGAGAAAGGUAAUUUGCACGGCAUAUAUGAGCGUGUCUAGAGCGCAUAGCCUGUGAACACUGACAACCGCCCUUAUGCAGAUCUCGGAAGCUGAGGUGAUAACAUCUUCCUAGAUCUGCAUAAUUCUUCAUAUCAGAAUCGACCUCAGCCAAUGAUUGUCGAAUAUAAUAUUGUGCAAUUGAAUGAGCGUGCUAAAUUGUUGAGCUCCAGUGAAAAUUCCUUCUCUAGAAUUAAUAAAGUUUGCUGAUUCAUUCAUUUUAAAUUUGUUUUUAAAGUCGCUGGGUGAAAUAGUUUAAAAAUACAUUGCUUUGAUUGCAAUAAACUCCAUUAAGUACACCGAGUAUAAAGGAAACCAAAGUCAUUAAGCCUGAAGCUCUAUUUUAGUAUUUAGGGGACUGCAAUGCAGUAGUCAGUGGAAAGCCCCACGCCCUUAUACCUGGGGAAUUAGCAGGAGACUUAGCGAUUUUAGACUAUCACUUGUGCCAUAGUAUGCAGGGUUUUCAACUGUAUAUGACACAAGAUUCAGUGCCUGAUUGGGGACAUUUAGCAUUGUUUAGCUGGGGAUUUGCCUUCAACGCCAUCUUGAAAUAGGCAUAGAAUUGGAACAGAAGCAUAAAUCACUCUACAUGCACUGAUAACCUUACUUCUGAGAGAAAUGACUGGAAUAUUGUUCUAGGUGGGCAUAUAAACUGGAGAGCUAAUGAACAUGUAACCAUAAUUGCUUGGAGACAUGAAGUUAACUCAAGGUAGAAUAUUAUUCAAUUGUACAAUUGAAAUUAAACAGCAUUGUUGAUUUAACUAUUUGCAAAAGUUCAACUCAAGAAAAAGAAGUAUUGUGUUGCAAGAAAAAGAAGUAUUGUGUUGCCCCGAGGGCGGGAACAAAAGUGACGUUUUGAUGCUCAGAAUUGCUCUUCAUAGCAGGGAAUUUGUUACGUUUAGAAGGCAGGCCAAGUCUAAUGCCCCGCUAUUCCUCUGGGAUGGGGUGAGGGGCUUUCUAUGAACUAGUGUAUAAAGUGGCACAAUGAAGCUAUCUUCAGGUUCUUAACUCACAAAAAAACUAAGUUGUAGUGCUAGAGAUGCUUGUGAUUUCAGAGAUAUUAUAGAAGGCUACUCAGCUAGUGCUUGUUAAUGUUCUUUCCGAUCUUUUUCAUUUUUGAUUUGUAUUUCACCUUCUGCUUUACAGUACUGUUUGUUAUUUUAGAGGAAGUGCAUGUAUUGUGUUAGCACCCAGAUCCCUUUGUUGGGUCAAGGAACACCUGACUGUGGUUUUCAAGGACCACGAGUCAGGUGAAAGGUUUUUGGAGGUUUGGCUCAUUCAGCACGGAGAGUUGCAGCUUAAAUUGUCGGCAGGAGAGGGGGCAUUUAUUGGAGGGAGGCAUAUCUCAAUAGUGGGGGGCAUUUAUUAAACAAAAGGCAUUUAAUUGAGAGAGUAGGUCUAUUAGAUAAUUUACAGUACAUAGUUUCUGGGAAAUAGCACAUAAACCAAGGAGAAAUGAUUGCAACAGUGUUUCUUUACUUAAGUCGAAAGCAAACUGCAACAGUUUUUCACUUUCCAGAAUUACUAUAUUUUCAAGAGGACGUUCUUGCUCAGGGGCCUUCAACUCAGCUUAAGUUAGAAUAUUUACUUCAUAGAAAUCCCCAAGAAUCGCUUUGCACUGGCAAAGAAAGAGGAGAACACAGAUACAAGGUAUGUAGUGAGGUUUGUCUUUGCCAUUUUGAUUAUUAUAAUGGUGAUAAAAUUGAACUGAGUGGUCAGAGUGAUAAGAAUCAUACUCAUGAUUUCUAAAAUAGAAGGAGCAUGAAGUGUAAGUUUUAUUUGAAAUCUCAGGUAUGAUUUCAGAUUUCAGAGCAAGUUUGCAAGUUACAAAGUUCAAUUACUACUUUCACUACCACUUGGUGUUUAAUCCUGGGGUCAAUUUAAUAAAACUUUUAUAAGUAUAAUUUACAAGUGUAGCCGUUGUUUCGGGGUCCGAAAACAAUAGCUACACUUGUAAAUUACACUUGUAAGAGUUUUAUUAAUUACCCUGGUAGCCUAAUAUUUUUUUAAAAAAAGGAGAACCUUGAAUGCUUUUAAUAAUUAACAUCUCAUUUUGUAUGAAAAACUAUGCAGUUUAGAUUAACGUGAUGCAAUUUAGAUUGAGAACAAAAAUGUUCUGACUUAGACGUUAGAGCACAUGAAACUUAAGGUCAGUACACACUAGACAACAAGUUGCAACAAUGUGUCACAGCGACACAUCACGGUUACAAAUCACUUUGUGUGUAUUGGAGAAUUAUUGUGAAAAUCUUUGUCUCUGUAACAGAAUUUUGUCGCAGCAGCAUGUCGCAAAAAGUCAAAUCAUACAGAAUUUGUGGGACUUGUUGCGGUAACAAAAUUCUGUUGCCGAGACAAACGCUUGAAGGGAUUUGUCACUGUGAUGUGUCACUGCAAUGUGAUCCUACGACUAGUUGCGCGACAUGUACACGGAGUGAUCUGUUGCUGCAACUUGUCACCUAGUUUGUUCCGACAACCUUCACACCUUCAGACCAAAAUAUUGUUAAGUCUGUAAAAAUCAUCUUGCUGAGAGCCAAUCAGGAUGCAAGGAUCACCAGUUUUUUCAAAAUGGAUGUAAUAAAUAGCAACAGAUUAUUGCAAUUAACCAGAUAUGUAAUGUUUCUAUUUUGGUGUCUGUAUUUAUGUAUAGUUUUGAGGGGGUUUAUUAUUAGUUUGUUUCCUCAUUUCCUUGAGACAAAUUUUGUCGAAUGAUCUUUUGUUUCAUUCUUUUUCAGAAAUUUCUCCGGAAUAAAAGAUGGUCACCUUGUUGGGUAUGAGAAGAUUUUGGUUUAGUUUCUUUGUUUUUAUAUUUUUCCCUACAGCUGAUAACCAUUUUGUUGCAGUUAUUGUUGUGUUUUAUGGCAAGGCUGUCAGGGUUCUCUUCUUUGAUGAAUUUUUUAUUGACUGGUUCCCCAGCAAACGUUUUCUUACUUAGAAUCCCAACUUUCUCUUGUUGUUUAUAGCUUCUCUGAUAGCACGCUGGCAAACAUUCUAUCACCCCAGUCUGAUGCUUGUGGUACCAAAUUUGAGUUAAAGGUAGAGGAAGUUUUGUUUGUUGGCCAUCCAAUGUUGGCUUACAAAAGACAAGAUCGGGAAUUUAAGGUAAGAGACAACCAGGUGAUGUUGCUAGUAUUACCAGGAAUAAGAAAAUUGUCAUUACAUUUUGAUGCUAGUUUUAAUAAUGACCUGUUCUAGUCUAUAUAAAUAUUAAACUGAAUUUUAUACAACUUAUUUAGAGAAAUGAUGGCUCAUCUAGGAAGGAUGAUGUGAUGAUGAAACUUUUCAAUGUUGUUUUCGUUCUUCAGGUAAAUGUCUAUUUGUUUCAGUGCUGUGUUUAGAAUAGUCAAUCUGGAUGUAAAUAUAUUUUUUAGUGUAUUUGUUACAGGUGAAAAUUAUAUUUAGGUUAAAAUUUCUUAACCUAGGUUGAUUCUCAAUUUCUUUUGUCUCCAAGCCCUUAUUAUUCAUGAAUUAGGGCUAGGAGACAAAGGAAAAUGAAGAUCAACCUUAAGGUUGAAAAAUUUUAACCUGAACAUAAUUUUGUCCUGUAACAUGUUUAUACAGUGGAACCGACUAUGAGCUUCAACUAUUAAUCUUUUUCUCAAACUGACACUGUAAACCAAUGCAUGACCGUAAAGUGAAUCCCUUCACCUUUGGUCCCUGUAGUUUGAAGUUGAUUAUUACAAACCCUGGGUUUAAUUUCAAUUUGGGUCCCUAUUUCUUUUGUCAAAAGGUAUUGUCUCUCCUUAUUUUAACUUGUUUUACAUGAAAUACACUGUAUUAUAAUAUUGUGGGGGAGAGCAAUUUAUGAGAAUUAUAUAUUACUAUAUUAAGGUCAGAUCUGAAUUCAAAUUUCUUGCGUAUCCUGGGUUAUCUUAACCCCCAUUUGAGCGAACAGGCCCAGGAGAUUUGGCCAAAAAACCCUCUUUGAAGUUAGUUGUCUAAGUUUCUGGUCAGCCAAAAGAAAGCAAAACCACACAAAACAUUGUUUACAAGUUGAGCACUAUGCUGUCUUCUGUUUAUGAUGCCAAAUUAUGGCUUUCUAAUUCAGGGAAUUCAGGGUUUUUUUUCUUAGCAAGUUUAUUUCAAUCUGUUGUGUUCUGUAGGCAAGUGUUGAGCCAUCUGUUGUCGGCUGUUACCAUGAUCUAUCCAAGAGAAUUGCUAUUGCCCUGAAACAUGAGGAAAUAAGGUAAAGUUAACUUUGUAAUUUCAUCUUGGUUAGUUCAUGAUUAAAUUUCAAAACAUUAUAAUACUUUAAGACCUAAUGUGGCUGAAUGAAAAUUAGACGAAUGAGCAAGCAUAUUUCAUGACAAACACAGUUGUGUAUAAUAAGACAGUAUUUCUACUAAAUGCUGGAUAAAUGCUUUUGUGAAAGGCUUUUUGAAAGAAAUCCUAUCGCCUAUGGCCCUGUUAUUUUACUGACAGUAAUUAAUCGAAGCUCAUCAAAAUUGUGCUCAACAAUUUUUUAGGUGUAGAUACCUAAGCUCAGAAAGGGAAGCAAUGCUUUCAGUACAUGAUGAAAUGUCUACAAUGCCAGAAGGUAUUAAAAAUAUUAAUAUUAUUAUUAUUUAUUAUUAUUAUUAUUAUUGCAAACCAUGUCUUUCACAUUCAGUAGCAUUCUCUGUUUAUAUUUUAAAGAUUUGUGGUAAGAUUUGUAUUUGAAAUAACUGAAAUAACUAUGCAUUUUCAUUUGACAACAGAUUGUGCUGAAACACCUUUUCAACACAUUCUUCCUAGGAGUAAGCUUGCAAGGGACUUGAAAGAUGUCUUCAAAAGGUUUGCUCACUUGUUUACGUCAUUGCAUGUAUGUAUUUUGGUUUUGUGAUUGGUAGAUGUCAGCUCAUAUUAUUCUUGUUAGCGGCCAUUCACUGUCGUGCCUUUCUGAGUACAGAUGCUGGAAAGAUGAUUAGGGCCCAUUUGCAGAUUUGUUUCCUAACAGUUGAUGUCUUUGCUGUUAGCUGCAAAUAAAAGUUGGUCAUUGGACAAUGUAUGGCUGAAAUCUGGUCAUACCUGACAAAAUCAUACCUCUUUUUGUAGCUGAAGAUUUGCAUGGUAAUAAAAGGAAUAAUUAAAUAUCAACAUAUGCAUGUCCAACCACAUUUCUGGUUUUUUGGACUGAGAUAUAGUGAUUUGGUUGGACAGUCAUGCCCCUUCUACAAAGAAAAAUUAUUUGCAGGCCUGUUUGCUGAAGUGUUUUCCCUUCAGAAAUUGCAGUAAUGAACAAUAAUUAUUAUAGAAGUGUAUCAAAGUAUGAACAGCGCAGAAUCUGACAGUUUGAUUCACUGUCAUUUUGUCAACUGCUAGUUUCUAUUUUGUGUGCUCUACAGCUUGUGUGCUACAGGAUCAGUAAGGCUAAAAAUUAAUGGAUGGGUAAAUGUUAGUUUCUGUCUUCCUCACAAAGUCCACAACUUAAACAUGGGAACAAUUCACAUUAAAGUAAGUCUAUCCAGAUGUUGAAAGAACUUUCUGUGUUUUGUUUUUUCUAACAUAGAUUACAUAGUAAAGUAAGUAUAUUUCAUAAACACAAUCAGCAAGAAAUCUUCUUUAUCCCGUUUAUUUGCCCUUCUUCAGUGAUAUUUUGUGAUAUUAGUGUGCAGGCUAAUAGUAUGUAACUAAUAGUAUGUAACUUCAGAAACAAUUUAAUAUUCCGUCCUGAACAAUUAACAAGUUAAAACAAAGUUCCAGGUUAGUCUAGCUAUGAGGUGGAGGAUUUGACCUGGCUGAGUAGUUGACCUUGUGCCUUCCAUGAGAUACUUUUUUAAAAUUGCAGUCAGAGUACAACUAAUUUUUCUUGAAUAUGAGAAGUACCUGCAUCCAAGUCUGCUUUGGAUCCUAACCAUUUGACAAUACUGGCACCUCCAUGCCAGCAUUUAUUAGAGAGAUUAAGGGCCUGUUUACGUGGAGUUGGGGACCCCGGUCUAGUGGGGUUGGUUUCUUUUGUUUUCACGCUCUGGGGGACACAAAACAAAAGAAACCUACCCCACUAGACCGGGGUCCCCCACUCCAUCUAAACAGGGUCUAAGAUUGAGGUUUAUGCCAAAGGGCAAACGUGAAUUUGUACCACGUGACCAAUUUUUUCCCUUACUUGUCGUUAACUGUUUGUUUCUUCAACUAAAAAACAAGUAGUUUGACGCCAGUUUUAUACAUCAGAAUUGUUCCGGACAGUUUUUAUCUGCUUAUUUUCUGUUCUGAGAAAUUCUCAACUUAAAUCUGACGUUUGCCGUUUGGCGUAAAAGUAAAUCUUAAUCACUCUAUUAAAGGCCCAGGAAAUCUGCUUCUUCCAAAGAUAACGUCAUUUGCCAGCAUUUGUCGCCGCCGGCUGGACUCACUGCAUUAGUGAAUUAGCAAAUGACACUGCUCGCAAAAGUUGGCGGCAGUCAAACUAAUGCCAAUGUAUCCAUGACUUUUUAUAAAAUUCAUAUCACUAUCUCCUCAUAGAAUUAGUGAAAAAAGGAUCUAAAAUGGAAUUUCCUUAGGUGGUGUAUGGGGAGGGCUUCAAUCUGACCUUGUCUUGCUUACUGCAGUGCUAGGAUGGACAACGCCCAAAGCAUCCUCUGUGGCUGAUAAAGAAAAUGGGUAUUAUUAAUAGAAUAGUGAUUAACGAUUAAGUGACAGCCCAUCCACAACAUGAUUCUUUUUCUGUAAUUCCUGAUCAAAUUGAAUUUUGAGUUGUUGGUUUUUGAGGAGAGGAGAAACGCGGGCGCAAAUCCUCCAAUAAACCUAACCCACCUGUGUUCUAGCCUCCAGAACACAGAACCUUCAAACCUGGGCCACACUGAUGGGAGGUAAGAGCUCUCAUCACUGUGUCACCCUUGCUAUUCCUUAAACUUAUGAAAUAUGGUAGGAUGGCAAAAUAUUCACCUUUUCACUAACAAAACGUUUAUAUGUGUCUUUUUUAGCCUGAAGUCAUACACACUUCAUUGGCAGCCAUCAGGUUUGAGUUAUAGUUUUUGUAGUUCUUAUUCAUAAUCACCAAAGGAAUCAUUAGGUUCAUCAAGAAUCACCUCUGCGAGAUGAUUCAAACUUGCCGACCGUAUAUUUACAGAGCGCAAAACUCCAGUAACAAAGAUGCAUUGAACCGAGUCUGCUUCUUUCCCAUUUGACCGUGGAUUUAUUUUUAUUUUUCUUCUCAGGCCAUAUCAUACGCUGUUAUUUUUAGUGGAUGAGGGAUAUCUUGUGGCAUCCCUGCCAGGGGACUGUUCCCCGGCAGUCACCAGGCUUGUACGAAUGGCUAGUCCAUUGAAGAGGUAUACAGCCAACGUACAAUUAGAAUAGUCUCAAGAAAAUAUUACUUAUCUGAAAACUAUAGGCAGUGUCUGUUUAAUAUGACGAUAUUAAUAACAGUAGUGAUGGUACAUAUUAUAAGACGACUCUAAUAACUUACAGGUAAUGACUAACCAAACUGAAUAUAUUGUGCAAAGUCAUCCUGCAUGACUCUGUGAAUGUUGUAUUUUAGACUAAUCGAACUUUAAUUUGUGUUUUUCCUCCUCAACAGCUUUCAGACGUUAUCGCAAGACACUGACAUUCCCCUUUCUCAGGUCUGCAAAAGGACAGUUGUCCUUAACUUAGACCUUCUCAGGGCUUUGUCACUCGUUUCUGAAGCCCUUAGUAGGUCUGAGUAGAGGCGGCCAUUAUUUUUAAAUGUUUUUUUAAAUUAUUUUUUAAUUAAAAACAAGACUUGCUUUUGAUAAGUCAUGUUUUCAUGAUUUGUUUAAAAAAAAUUGGCUAAUCAGCCAAUCAGGAUUGCGAACUAAAAACAAAACCAGUCAUGACUUUUUCCGCGUUUACUUUCCUGUUCAGAGGAAAAUAAAGGACCCUUCGUUAUCAAUGAUUUUAUCACACUCAUUUCAUGUCAUUUCAUAACCACUUUAAAAUCGCGCGUAUCACUUCAAUCAAUGAUGAGGUAUGAGCCAGUCAAUCUUUCAGUACAGUGCGCGGAAAAGUCAUUGUCGCGAUUAUUUCUGCCUCUGAUUAGCUAACAAAGUGGCGUGUAGCUUUGCAUUGGUUGUUUCUCAACCAAUCAAAAACAGCCCGUUUGAUUUGGUUGCGUUCAUGCGCAGUUUUCUCAGGGAAAGACGAAAAUCACGCGUGAAGUAGAUGGAAAAAUUGGGAGCACCACGCAGAUCGCAGAAUGAAUAAUUAUUGGUUCAAUUAGCUAACAAAACCAUAGAUGAAUGACCCAAACAUUGUCCUAACCGUGAAAAAAAACAAUAGUAGGCGUGUUUUCAAUUGGCAGAGAAAAGAGAGGUAUCUGAGAGCCUCGUGGCUUCGGAAAAAAUGCAUCAAUUUUUGAGCAGUCUUCUCCAGGUUCUCUGACCGUUUAAGGCUCCCUCAAUCCAUCUUCGCCUAGUUCUCAGGCCUCUAACUUUUCGGAUAGGUCAGAUAAUGCGACUUUAGUCUCGGUUACGUCACCAAAAUGAAUUGACCGUGCGGGCUCAGUUGCGGGCCUGAAGAAAGGCUCUGGAAACUAGGAAAGGACCGUCAAAGAAUCAUACUACCUGCUCAUUUGCGAUCUUUUUUUAUUAGCGAGCUUGAGAGACAAGAGCGUUGAUGUCUCGCAAGUUAAAAAUAAGAAUCGGAAGUUGAGCUUUUCUCUUUUUCGGUGGUCUGUCUCGAUUACUCCAUACUGCAAGAGUAUAACCAAAAGCUUUGAAGCAUGUUGUGUCAGGAGCGUUAAAUCAUGUUAAAAAAAACAAGUUUUUUCCUAGCCAUUCAUGACAUCCGGGAAGUGAGUGUUCUUGUUACUUAAGCUCGCAGUCUACGGUAUGUGGCUUUUUAUCCUGAGAGAAUCCUUCAACUUCAGCUGAUUUAUUUUAAAGUACAUGUAUUUUUUUUUUCAGGUAUUCGCCAUAGCAGCUCAUCUAGUUUAUUGGGGAAUGGCUACUAUUGUGUACCCUCUCUGUGAGAGUAACGUGUAUGUUGUCGCACCCAACUCCUCUGUAAACGUGUAAGUCUGUCCAAAAUGCGCGUUACCUCACACUGUACAUCUCGUCUGGUUUUUCCAGUCUUGUGUAUUGUACUCUUUCUGUAAGACUGGGGUACUUUAUUAAAACCUAUCAUGUGUACAUGUGUUUCGUGAGCCCCUUUGACCAUACAGGGCAGUGUGUUCUUUAUGAAGUGCGGGCCAAUUAGAACACUUGUGACAUGGGCAUGAAGUCGUAGCCUCGCACGCAUACGUUCUUAGGGGUUCGUCACGCGUUCCUGGGGAGGAUUGCGUGACGAGCCCAAAAAACGUCUGAAUGGGAGGCUAGGAGUUAUAAAGCACAUCUAGUCAACUUGCAAUUAAUCAAAGGGAAAUUUUAUGAAGCGCAUGUUAUAUAUGCCAAUCAUCUAUUAAACAAUUUUUUUUUGUUGCAGCUCAUCACCACUCGUCGAAGAGUUUACGUCAAGGUUUCCGCGCAUGUCACUGCACAACGUGCUGUCGGAAUUCUCGUUACCAGCUCCUCUCAGUGAACACAAUAAUCCCCUGGGGUUACCACAGCAGCAGGUAUUUCUGAGCUGGUACAAAACUUGUGUAGUUUAUUGUUCACCCCCGCCUGGUUAGCUCAGUUGGCAGAGCGCCGGUCUGUUGGGCGGGAGGUCGCGGGUUCAAAUCCCGGCGGGACCAACACUCGGGGUCUUUUAAUAACUGAGAAGAAAGUGCUGCCUUUGUAGUGACAUCUUGCAAACAGUUAGACUUUCCGGUCUUCUCAGAUAAGGACGAAAAACCGUAGGUCCCGUCUCACAGCACUUUCACUGAAUAUCUGGUUCUUGUUGGACGUAAAAGAACCCACACCACUGUUCGAAAAGAGUGGGGGACUUAGACCCUGGUGGUGUGACCAAUCAUUCCUAAGCUGGGUCAGGUUAAUUGUAAACUCUCAAUUUUUUUCACGAUUUCUGUGAUAUUCCUGAAAAUGGGCAAACAUAGUGAUUUUCGAAUUAGUUCCUUCCAAGUAGAAGGUGCAUGACGAAUUUUACAGUUUAACAGGAAAAACUCAAAAAUAUUUUAAAGAGUUUAUAUGGUUUUGGAGGACGCUGUCACAAAAUUACAGACGUUUGUAUGGAUCUUUAACCAUGUUUCAAGAGUCGUAACUUGACCCUGUUCAACCUUAGAUAGAGCACCAAACUUGUUCAACUAACCAAUCUUAACAUGACCCUUGAUAUGGUGGUACCAGUUUAUCGAUUAGUUUAAAUUUGAAACUCGCCCCAGUUCCCUACUCAACUCCAAUAUGGCCAAUAGGGGAAACAAAGCCCCCCUUCCCCCCACUAACCUCCUGCCCCCUACUCCUUCUCAAACUGCUUCUUCAGUCGACAUAUUACAGACAAUCUUGAAGGAACCUAAUUCUCGCGGAAAAAAUACAUAACCGUAACAGAUACACAGAAAAGAGGUAGAGAACAAGGAAACGUUUCCCCAAGCGUCAGAUGUAACAAGUGCAAUGAAGAAAUUAUUAAUAAAUAGCUACAAUUGGCGAUAAUAUUAGUCUAGACACUCAACUAUGCCCUCGUCCACAUUUCUUUCGUUCUGCCGAUACCUUGCACUUCAAAAGGAAAAACAAGCCGUUCCUCCUCCACGUCCCCCUCCCCCGCUACAAACGAUGUUGUGCUGCUGCCCAGCCGCCUGUAUCCGGGAAACAACAACCAAGUCAACAUUGGUCAUGGUAGGAGGAAUGGGUUCAGAUUGUUUUUCGAACUGUAGUUUAUUCGACGAUUGUGUCUCACGAAUUUUGUCGCCGACUCACUGUUCGUUGCUGCAAUUUCACUAUUCUUUUAAUUCAAGUUUUCCUUUCUCUCCUUUUGGCGAUAAAACAUUCUAUGUUAUUCGCCCUCUUAAUCAUGGUUUUUGGAAUGGUACGUGACAUAUUUUUUAUUCCUUCCUUUCAAAAGGUUUUUUUUGUCCAAUUUUAGGCGGAACAGGUGCAAAUGGUGGUGUGGAUGUUGCAACGAAGAUUAUUAAUACAGGUAUUUUACACGUAUGAGUGAUCAAUCGUAUUGUGCGUGGAACUGUUACAUAUGGUUAUACCACACCAGGCUGGAUAUUUGCUCCGUACCACACCUUAACUGGGGCGAUUUUCAGUUGAAUGGUCAUCUUUUAGUGAGCAGUAUUACAAAAUGUGGUUGGGACGCCACCAAGCAUUAGCGAUGAGUUCUUGCUCUUGAAAAAAAAUCACGGCCUUAGUGCAAAACGUCUUUUAACCCUGCUUUUAACUGAAAAAAAAGUUUACAACGUGUUAGCAAAAGGUCAGACACGAAAAUGGACUUUCUGACUUUGUUUAAUGACAUUUUGUUUUCUUUUUUCCUAUUUUACACUUCGGAGUAAAGGUUGAGCAAAGAUUGGAAUAGUUCUUUGAUUAGCUAAACAGUACGACGGUAUUGUCGACGGACUUUCCUUUCGGUAAACCUCUCGAAAACAGGCUCCCCUAUGGUACGCUUGGAACUGAUUGUCAGUUUGUUUAUCUCUUCAGCUACACACCUAUGUGUUUCUGGUACCCACGGCCCAAUUUGAACAAAGCAGUGGGCAAAGAGUGCGUUGGAUAUUCGGAGAUAGUUUUCCGGAUGGUCUGUCAUCAUUAGCCGAUAACCAACAUGAGCCUGCCGAGAAUGAAAUAAACCCCGAGCUGGAAGAGGAACUAAAGGAUCUGACGUACGCUGAAAGGAAAAGUGUGCUUCAAGUACCCGCUGCAUUGAAUCCUGAAGACAUGAAGUUAUUUACAAGGUAGGAGAAGAGAAUGGGAUUCUGUGGUAUUGAGAGGGUUCUCUGGCGUGUGUGUGUGUGUGGUUUUUUUUUCGCGUUUUUCAGGCGAGCAAAGGCAAGCGCGGAGUGAGCAAGGAGCGCCAGACACGCACGCAGCGCGUGUCUGUCCCUCCACGCUCACCCACGCCGGCCUCGUGCUCGCCUGAAAAACGCGAAAAACCCAAUGUGGUAAAGAGGUCACGGUCUUGCACUGUAUUAGAAGGCUGAGGUAUCUCUUCCUUCCCCGCAGUGGUUCAGUGGGAUGUUAUGGGACUUCCACUACCUCUAUCGACUGCUGAGGGAAAACUGAACGACUCAGCAGAUUCUAUUCCCCAAUCUUCUGGCUACGCCAGGGACCCGGUCCCUAACCUGCAUAACAGGCGCUUUUAAUAUGAGCCAAGCGAGGUGAACGCGGAAUUUCGCGCGGAGCGCGACAUGCGCGAGACGCGAAAUUAAGCGCUGAUAGAGCGUCUGUUAUGCAGGCUACCUGCCCUCUGAUCAAAACUCCAGAGGACUCUGGGUACAAGAUUGCAGAUUCUUAGGCUCUGCGGUUGGGUGAGUACCUGAAUAAAACGGACACAAUCUUAGACUUUCUUCAGAUAAUCUUCAAGGUUAUAAUUCAAAACCUUCAGACUAGCAAUACAUUAGCUUCUCAGAAUAACAAUCAGAGACAACAUCAGAAAACAAUCAGAAUCUUCGAGGCAGAGAAAAUUUCGUGGGUGGUGGGAUUUUCCAAAACGAAAACACGUGAUACUGACGUCAUACCCCAGGGGGGUACUCGGGAUUUCAAGUGACGGGGAUGAUCAAAUGGAGCCAAAAGUCAAGACCCAAAAAAAUCCCUAGGGCUUCCAGCAAAACCCAAAAAAAUCCCUGGACCAAAAAUAAACCCCCAAAAAAUCCCAUUCCGAUUUUGUGGCCCUUAAAAGUUCCAGAAAGGGGUAAUGCUAUAACAAGAAAAACAUUGGAAAUUGAUUCUCGCGCGGGGCACGAAAAUUUUCGUUGCGCCGGGCGAGCGUGAUUUCUCCUUCUUCCAAGUGAAAAUGUUCACUGGAAGUGUAAGUGUGCUGCUCACUAGUACAUCAUUAAAAAUUUUAAAAAUUGCCGAUUCUUUUUAAUGCCCCCAAAAAAUCCCUACUCGAAUCAAGCUACCCAAAAAAAUACUUGCCAAAUUUUCGUACCCCAAAAAAUCCCGGAAUCGAAAAUUUCAAACCCAAAAAAAUCCUUCGAUCAUCCCCGUCACUUGAAAUCCCGAGUACCCCCCUGGGCGUCAUACUGAGUCCCAGUUUCCCACAGUAUCUAAUGUUAUUGCUCCUAUUUUCUGAAGUUUGGAAUUAUAUCCCCCAGGCUGACACCUUACUUUAGAGGAAAACAGCAUUUGGAAGAAGUCAUGUAUUACGAGAACCUGCGAAGAUCCCAGCUCCUAACACUGCUGGAUAAAUUCAGAGAUGUUCUUUUCUUAUGCCAGCAUGAAGACCCAGUAACCCAAUAUUUCUACAGCAGUUGAUACGUUUCGUUUUGUAACAGUCGAGGAGGGUACAAGAGUGCUUUGUUGCCAAGUGACCAUGAUGAAUACUGUGAGAAACAUUUUGUCCAUUUUGGAAUCGGCAGAUUCACUCAACAGCCGCGUCUGCCAUAUUUGUAAUAGGCCCUCCCACGUUUUUGUUAGACAGGGAUCAGUUAGCGAAAAUCCGUCAACACGGCUAAAAAGAACAAAAUAAAUAUUGUAAUUGAUUAAGGCGCUCUUUUCUAGCAGUGUCAUUGGAUAUUCGCGUCGCUAAAAAAUAAUAAUUAUAAUAAUAAACCUUGGAAAGGUACACUGAGACUUGCUUGAAGCUGCUUUGAUAAAUUCAAUAAACGAUUAUUACUUCAGCC